AACACUUUCUCUGUUCUUCUUAUCCCCAAAUCAAAACCCUUAGCAAAAUCACACAAGUUCCCUAAUCGAUUUGAACAUAAAUUUUUAAUCAAUAAUCAUCCCAGAUCAAACUUCAGAUUCAGGGGUUUUCACCUUUUGUUAAAAAGUCAAAUCCUUUGUGGGGGUUUUAGGAUAAUUGCUCUGCGCUACAAAUGUCUACAGGAGUUUGCGGUAAACGGGUCGAGUAUGAUGAUUACUUCGGGUCUUCAUCUUCCCCUACGAAUAAGAGAUCCAAAUGGUCAAGGUUUGGAUCGCCGAUCCGUUCUUCUGAAACCGGGUCUGGAUCCGAUGACCCCGUUGCAUCUUUGAUCCAUAUGUUCCCUACCAUGGAUCCUGAGUUUGUCAGAGAGGUUCUGAGCAACAAGAACAAUGUGUUUGAAGAGGCAAAAGAGAGUUUAAGCUCGAUUAUUUUCAAUGGAGAUUUACGUAGAACAGAAGCUGGGUCCUCUGAUGGAUCUGUGGGAAGUUGGAGGGAUAAAGAUAUGAUUGACAGAGCUAAAUGGGUCGAAAGACUUGCAUUGGAGAUGUCAAAGGCGGAAAACAUUGAUGAUAUGAGGCGACGUGUUGUGGUUAUCUUAGAUGCUUUAGAGAGGGUCAUUAAGCAUAACACCAAUGCCUCAAAGGAGCUUGAAUAUGCGUCAUUAAAGGAGACUCUACAGAGUUUGAUCAAUGAUAACCAAAUCUUGAAGCGGGUCAUUGCGAGUCAACACCAGCGCAGCUCUGAAAACGAAGAGAAGGCCAAAGAAGUACAGCAUUUGAAAGGCGUGGUGGGGCAAUACCAAGAACAGGUUCAUAAACUAGAGCUAAGCAAUUACGCCUUGAAACUCCAUCUUCAAAGGUCACAACAACAACAACAAAGUUUUUUCUCUGGGAAUUCGCCUCCAGACGUUUACUGAAACCAAAUGACUACUUAGUUACUACAUAAUCAUAACUAUAACAGGGACGACUCAUGGAUCUCUAUAGCUUCAGAAGUUUCCAAGUCUUUUGCGUAUUUACUUCUUCUGAACCUGUUUGUGAAUUGUGAGUUCGUCUCAGAAUCUAUCUAUUAUAUAUGUCUACUUGCCUAGUUUUUGUGCGUUGACCAAAAUUUGAGUUUGACAUAUUAAUGUAAAAAUUGUUUUCCUGCA